AUCGGUUCUUCUUACGCAUCAGCAUCUUGGCAGCUGUAAGGUCCGGUGCUGGGGCUAGAAAGAAGGACUGUUCUUUUCUAUUAUGAAAAUAAUUAUUGUUGCCUUGCUGUUACUACUAUUAGUGCCUGAAGGAGCCUUCCCUCCCCAUCCUCCAUUUCUGCCUCAGUGGAGGGCUAGGUAGGGCUCAGCAGGCCAUUUGGAGGAUGAUGGAUUGUUGCCCCAUUCCCUGUAAAAUCAGGGACUGGAGGAGGCCGCAGUGCUGAGGGGGAGGGAUAGCUGAUGUGAGUCACUGCCGGCCUCCUCAUGCCCUACACCCUGGUGCUGGCCCAGCUGCCACAGGCACAGACAUGGGACAGGAGCCUCUUCAGCCUGAGCGGGGCGGAGGGCUGAGGCUGAGGCCUGGGAGACAGCUCCUUCUCUGCGCCUCAGGAUUCCUGUGAAAAAAUGGCCUAUCAGAUGUGCCUACCUGAAGUGAGUUAUAGGACUUGGGCUGGAAGAGGUGACAGCCACUACCCUCUGGGAAUUCCUUCCUGCAGGGGUGCAGUCUCAUGGGAUAAAAUGAGGGGGCUCUGGGGGGUUAAAUGAGUAUGGUGUCUAGCACCCAAAAAUUCUAGUUAUUGUUGUUACUAUGACGGCUGUUGUUAGCGAUGUUAACAGUUUUUCACAAGGCUGCUAAGGCAUCCUCAGACUCAGCCUGUUCCAGAUGGAUGGGCUCUACAUGUGACGGAAUGGAGCACCAGGAGGGUCCCGCAGCUUGCUCAGGGACACACAGCUAUAAAGUGGUGGCGUUAAGGCUUGGUCUGGAGGGAAAGUGCGCAGGCUGGACUCCCCAGAGUGAUUUUGGGCUAGUGACUCAGCCUCUCCCAGCCUCAGUUUACCAUUAGUCAAAUGGGGUAACAAUAGAACUCACCAGAUAGCGAUUGUUGGGAAGAUUAAAAUGGGUUACCUGACACCAAGAAAAACACUUUUCCCGUGCCUGGCACAGUGAACAUUACCUUUCGGUCCUUCUGAGUGUCAGGGAAGGGGGCUCAGUUUGUCCGUCUCUAAGAUGGGUGCGCUUGCCUGCCUUAGCCACCGGGACUCCGCGCGCCAGGUGUGCGGUGGGCGGGUCUCGGCUCCCGGAAGAACGUCCCUGGGUGGUCCUGGAGCCGGUCGGACCCGGUUACUGAGCCAGGCCAGCUGCCAGCGGCCGGGGCUCGGGUUCCGGCCGCUGCCUGGCUUUCCUUACCCUUUUCGGGUAAUACCUGGACCGGCGGGUUCAUUUGCCUGCAGCCGCCGGAAGUUGCGCAAACUCAGGUUGCCGGAGCCCCAGGUGGGCCGGGCCGGAGGAGCUCAGGCCAGCGGCGCGGGCGCAGCCAGCAGUUGCCGGUGUUCAUCUACCUACUUUCUGCCUGGAUCUCUGGCUCCUCAUUUCUCCAGUCUCCUCAGACCAAAGCCCUCGGGAUAUGCAGCAGCCAUGCCUGUGGACACGCUGAGCCCUGGAUCCCCGGCCGCCCCCGCCCUACCUUGCCGCCUUCGGACCAAGGUCCCUGGCUACCUGCUACGGAGGCCGGCAGAUGGUGGAGUUCGGAAACCGAGUGCUGUGGAGCGCCUGGAGGCCGACAAGGCCAAGUAUGUCAAGAGCCUGCAUGUGGCCAACACCCGCCAGGAACCUGUGCAGCCCCUGCUGUCCAAACAGCCACUUUUUAGCCCUGAGACUCGCCGCACAGUGCUCACGCCCAGCCGCCGAGCCCUGCCUGGCCCCUGCCGACGGCCCCAGCUGGACCUGGACAUCCUCAGCAGCCUCAUCAACUUGUGUGAUAGUCCCGUGUCCCCUGCCGAGGCCAGCCGUACUCCUGGACGGGCAGAGGGAGCCGGCCAGCCUCCCCCAGCCACCCCUCCACGACCGCCGCCCAGUACCUCUGCGGUCCGCCGAGUGGACGUCCGCCCCCUGCCUGCCUCGCCAGCCCGGCUCUGCCCAUCACCGGGUCCUGCCGCCGCCUCCAGCCCAGCCCGGCCACCGGGUUUGCAACGCUCUAAGUCGGACUUGAGCGAGCGCUUUUCUAGGGCAGCUGCUGACCUUGAGCGCUUUUUUAACUUCUGCGGCCUGGACCCGGAGGAGGCAAGAGGGCUGGGUGUGGCCCACCUGGCACGGGCCAGCUCGGAUAUCGUGUCCUUGGCAGGGCCCAGUGCUGGGCCGGGCAGCUCUGAAGGGGGCUGCUCCCGCCGCAGCUCUGUUACUGUUGAGGAGCGGGCCCGGGAGCGCGUUCCCUAUGGCGUGUCGGUGGUGGAGCGCAAUGCCCGCGUGAUCAAGUGGCUGUAUGGGUUAAGGCAGGCACGGGAGAGCCCAGCAGCUGAAGGCUAAACACCACUGGGGAAUUUGCCACAGGACAGAUCUUACAGAGGCAAGUGGUCCCUGGACCUCUCUUGCAUCCAUUCUCUGGAUGGCCAUGUCAGAGGCUCCACCCUGGUGUGAACUUGGUGUGGAGGCAAAGGCUUAGAGGCUGGACCAGCAUUCUUGGGCAAAGACUGACUCUUGGAGGGUUUUGCUCUUGGCUUUGGACACUUGAGAACCCCCCUCCCCCCAUCCCAAUACAAGGUUUUUGACAUGAGUGUACUCCUGCUUAGUUCCUCUUGUGGGCCUGCAUUUGGGGUGCUUUGCCCUCCCCACUGAGAGUGAGGGGCCAAGGGAUCUCCUCAAUCUUGUCUCCCCAGCGGCUCUGUUUCCUCCUUCCUUCCUUGGCCUCUGUCAUUUGCUGACUUCCUCUUCCUUACCCAGCGGAACUCACCCUGGGGUCAGGGCAGUGGGGAGGGGCCUAUCCACUGCUCUUCCUAGUCCUUGGCAGCUGGCCUAGGUGGGCAGACUAUAGGAGGGACUGGUUAGGAGUCUGCAUUGCUUUGACUUCCCUCCCCUUGGUUAAUAAACACUUGUUUCUCGAGG